AAUGUGAUAUUAAUAAAUAAUUAAUAGCAAUUUAGACUUUUAGAGGUUAACACUCCUCCACCUUCCAUUAGUUUAAUUCACUCCCAUAUAUAAACAACCAUCUUCGUUCCACAAGCCCUCGAGCAAAGACAACUCUGGCUAGCUGUCCAUUUCUCCAUCUCCAUAGCCAUUUCCUAAGAAAUGGUACGUCUGCUCCAGGAACGUGGAGCUGAGCAUCACAUGGAAGCUGGAUCCAUGCCAUUAGCAACAGCCCUAUUCGUCUCAGUUUCAGUUCUUGUAGCAUUGUGUGCCAAGCACACACGAAAACACCCUGAAACAAGCAACAAGAUUCGUGUGACGACGCCUACUAAUAAUAAGUCUCCGCUAGCGUCACCGAAGAAUCUGGCGGCAAGAAUUAGCAACAAAGCAAUUGAUCCGUUCAAGAAAAAAGAUAGCAGUGACGAUCAAGGCGGUGAAGCCGGAAUCGGAGCUAAAGAGAUGGAAGGAGAUGGAUUCGGAGAAGGUGGUUUGUGGCAGAAAUCAAUCUUGAUGGGUGAGAAAUGUCGUCCCCCUGAGUUUUCAGGUGUGAUAUAUUAUGAUAGCCAUGGGAAUCAACUUCCUGAAAUGCCAAGGUCACCAAAGAGCUAGUCCCUUGCCAAGUUUUUCAUUUCCAGUGGUUAUAGAUACCAAUUAUAAGUAGUAAUGGUGUAUAGUUUUCUCUGUUUUCCUUUCUAUUUUGUCCCUUUUGUAACCUUUGUUUUUGCGGUAUAUUAGUUUGCUUCAAUAUUACAAGCAUGUAUAAUAAAAAGAAGUAUCUGCUUACUAAUA